UCUCACUCUCUGUGUGAGACGUUCCAACUCACCAAUUCUCUCUCAGACGGUCACAGCCACCGCAACAAAUAGAGCCGUUGGGAAUGGAAUGGUAGCUCUAGAAACUCCAUGUUCCCUUCCAAUGCCAUGCCGCUCACAUUCUUUAUUAUUUACCCUUUUCAAACUCACUGUUUCAUUUUGCAUUGGAUGCUACCUUUUUUAAGCUAACUACCAUUGCUUCUCAAAUCAUAACUAGUAUCUUUUUCUUCCAACCUCUCUCUUACGUCCUCUAUCUAUAUUAUCUUAGCCUAUAGCGCAGGUUCAGGUUAAAGGGUGUUUUUGUUACGGGACAAAGAGGACAUUCUUUGCUCAGAUCUGCAAAGAAGAUAAUUAAAAAAUGGCUUGGGUUGGAGCCAAUCUAUGCAGUAGCAGUCUUGUUGCAGUGUAAAUAAGGUAGCAGAAGAAACACCUCGUUCCUUGCUGCUGCUGCUGGAAGUGGAAGCAAAACUUGAAAUGGAAUUACUACGCAUUUUGUCUUCCAUUUGCUUCUUGUGUUUUAUUCUCUGGCAAGGAAAUGCUGAACCAGUUGAAGAUAAGGAGGCUUUGCUUGAUUUUGUGAAGAAGUUUCCUCCUUCUAGGCCUCUGAAUUGGAAUGAAAGUUCCCCCAUGUGUUCUUCUUGGACUGGAGUGACUUGCAAUGAAGACAAGUCAAGAGUAAUAACAAUUAGAUUACCAGGGGUUGGAUUUCAUGGCACUAUUCCACCUGAUACCAUUAGCCGUCUCUCAGCACUUCAAACUUUGAGCCUCAGAUCCAAUGUGAUAAGUGGACAUUUUCCUUCUGAUUUCACCAAUCUAAAAAACUUGUCUUUUCUCUAUCUUCAGUUCAACAAUCUGUCUGGUCCUUUGCCUGAUUUCUCAGUCUGGAAGAACCUUACUGUUGUCAAUUUGUCCAAUAACCGUUUCAAUGGUAGCAUUCCAGUUUCACUUUCCAAUUUGACUCAGCUUGCUAGUUUGAACCUCGCAAACAACUCUCUUUCUGGUGAAAUUCCGGACCUGCAGUUGUCCAGAUUGCAGGUGCUGAAUUUGUCUAACAAUGAUUUGAAUGGCAGUGUGCCUAAUUCCCUCUUGAGGUUUCCUGAAUCAGCAUUCUUUGGUAACAAUGUUUCUUUCGGAGGUUCUCUUGCUGUUUCUCCUGUGCCUCAACUGGCUUAUGAACCAUCUUCAAAGUCUAAGAAACAUGGAAGGCUCAGCGAAACCGCACUGCUGGGAAUUAUUGUUGCUGCUGGUGUUUUAGGCCUUGUGGCUUUUGUUUCUCUGAUGUUUGUGUGCUGCUCAAGGAGAAGUUAUGAAGAUGAGGUCUUCAGUGGGAAGUUGCAGAAGGGAGAAAUGUCUCCUGAAAAAGCAGUCUCAAGGAACCAGGAUGCAAAUAAUAAACUGGUUUUCUUUGAGGGAUGCAAUUAUGCCUUUGAUUUGGAGGAUUUGUUGAGGGCUUCUGCUGAGGUGCUGGGAAAGGGAACGUUUGGUACUGCAUAUAAGGCAAUCCUAGAGGAUGCAACCACGGUUGUUGUAAAGAGGUUAAAGGAGGUUGCUGUUGGUAAGAAGGAUUUUGAGCAACACAUGGAGAUUGUAGGAAGUCUCAAACAUGAGAAUGUGGUUGAGCUGAAGGCAUAUUAUUAUUCCAAAGAUGAGAAACUGAUGGUAUAUGAUCACUACAGUCAGGGGAGCAUCUCUUCUAUGUUGCAUGGUAAAAGAGGAGAGGAAAGGGUGGCGUUAGAUUGGGACACUCGGCUGAAAAUAGCUUUAGGUGCUGCAAGAGGCAUUGCACGUAUCCAUCUCGAGAAUGGUGGCAGGCUUGUACAUGGAAACAUAAAGUCCUCAAAUAUCUUUCUCAACACUAAACAAUACGGCUGUGUAUGUGACCUUGGCCUGGCAACCAUAUCAAGCUCACUUGCCUUGCCAAUAUCACGAGCCGCCGGUUACCGAGCACCUGAAGUUACUGACACAAGAAAAGCAGCACAACCCUCAGAUGUUUACAGCUUCGGUGUUGUGUUACUAGAGCUUCUGACUGGGAAAUCUCCUAUUCACACUACUGGCGGUGAUGAGAUUAUCCACUUGGUGAGGUGGGUUCAUUCAGUUGUGCGUGAGGAGUGGACAGCUGAAGUGUUUGACUUGGAGCUUAUGAGAUAUCCAAACAUAGAAGAAGAGAUGGUGGAAAUGUUACAGAUAGCCAUGUCAUGUGUGGUUAGGAUGCCUGAUCAGAGACCUAAGAUGUCUGAAGUUGUGAAGAUGAUAGAAAAUGUUAGGCAGAUUGAUACAGAAACUAAGACAUCAUCUGGGAACCAAGCACAACUUCAAUUAUCUCAACGUGGCAAUGAUAAUUCUCCUUCCACUCCUUCCUACUUCCCAUAAGGUAGAAGAUGAAUGGAAGAUGUUUCCUUUAUUUGAUUGUAGUGUAUUUUUCAAUGUUUUUCUCCAAGUUCUGAACAAGAGCGUGGUUAUAUUAUAAUUAUUAUUUUUAUCAUUGUUAUUUUUUC